CGGGAAUCGCAGCGCCGCCGCCGCCGCUUGGGCCGGGUCGCCCGCCCGCGAUGGGCGUCGGGCCCUGAACGCCCGCCCGCCGCCGCGUUUCCUCAGCGACCCGCCGGCCGCGAUGGAGGCGCCGCUCGCCGGCCGCCUUCCCGCCGAGGGCGCCGCGCCGGCCGCCGUGGCUGAGGUGCGCUGCCCGGGCCCCGGGCCGCUGCGCCUGCUCGAGUGGAGGGUGGCGGCGGGCGCGGCCGUGCGCCUCGGCUCCGUGCUGGCAGUGUGCGAGGCCGCCGCGUCCGCGCAGCCCGCUGGGCCCGCCCCUGCCCGCGCCGGCGCCGGGGGUUGCGUGCGCGCCGAGCGCCGGUUGAGGUCGGAGCGCGCCGGCGUGGUGCGGGAGCUGUGCGCGCAGCCCGGCCAAGUGGUGGCCCCCGGGGCGGUGCUGGUGCGGUUAGAAGGAUGUAGCCACCCAGUUGUCAUGAAGGGCCUGUGCGCCGAGUGUGGCCAGGACCUAACCCAGUUGCAGAGUAAGAACGGGAAGCAGCAGGUUCCGCUGUCCACGGCCACCGUGUCGAUGGUACACAGUGUCCCGGAGCUGAUGGUGAGCUCCGAGCAAGCUGAGCAGCUGGGAAGGGAAGACCAGCAACGACUGCAUCGAAACAGAAAGCUGGUGCUCAUGGUCGACUUGGACCAGACCUUGAUCCACACGACAGAGCAGCACUGCCAGCAGAUGUCAAACAAGGGCAUAUUUCACUUCCAGCUGGGCCGGGGCGAGCCGAUGCUGCACACCCGUUUGCGUCCCCACUGCAAGGAGUUCCUGGAGAAGAUCGCAAAGUUGUACGAGCUGCACGUCUUCACUUUUGGUAGCCGACUGUAUGCGCACACCAUCGCAGGCUUUUUAGAUCCUGAGAAGAAGCUUUUUUCUCAUCGAAUAUUGUCAAGGGACGAGUGUAUUGACCCGUUUUCUAAAACAGGCAACCUUAGAAAUCUCUUUCCUUGUGGAGACUCAAUGGUUUGCAUUAUUGAUGACCGAGAAGAUGUCUGGAAAUUUGCCCCCAAUCUGAUCACCGUGAAGAAGUAUGUGUACUUCCAGGGCAUAGGAGACAUCAAUGCUCCGUCUGGGUGCCGGGAGUCUCAGGCGAGAAAGAAAGUGAGUCAUUCUUCUAAAGGUGCCGAUGCCACAGAGCAAGCUCCAUCUGUCAAGGACCCCGAAGAAGGAAGGCAGGUUCCUGGGGUCGAGCAGAGUAACGGGCUUGGGAAGCCCUCAAGGGAGCUCAAUGGGGGCACUCCUCCACAGGGGGACUGGCCCUUGCCUUGUCAGGAGGAGGAGAGGGACACACGGCCUGCCACCCGUGCCCCCUUGGCCGAUGGUAGGGGCCCCCCAGCGUGUGCUCCUCAGCAUGGUCGGACAUUGCCAGAAAAGCGGCCUGCUCAGGGCACGGCGGGUGCUGACCUGGACUUUGACUUAUCCAGUGACAGCGAGAGCAGCAGCGAGUCAGACGGUCAGUCUUCCUCUCCUGCCUCUGAUGGCGAAAGUGGGGAGAAGAGGGGCCGGAAAAAGCCUAAGGCCGUGCGAGAUGCUGGGAAAGUCGUGCCGCAGGGUGGCCUCCCGGGCUCAGGAGGGGAGAAGCCUGCAGGAGCAAAUCACUGCGGGGAGUCUGUGCCCGCUGUCCAUGCGGACGUGCAGGAGGAGAGCGAGCGGGACGGCCUCUGCGGGCUUGGGGGCGGCUGUGCUGACAGGAAGGAGGCUGAGACGGAGUCCCAGAACAGCGAGCAGUCGGGCAUCACGGUGGGCGAGUCACUGGACCAGAGCAUGGAGGAGGAGGAGGAGGAGGAGGAGGACGCCGACGACGACGACCACCUGGUCUACCUGGAGGAGAUCCUCGCCCGCGUGCACUCCGACUACUACGCCAAGUACGACCGCUUCCUCAGCGGGGAGAUCCAGGAGGCCCCCGACAUCCGGAAGAUCGUCCCGGAGCUCAAGAGCAAGGUGUUGGCAGACGUCGCCAUAAUAUUUAGUGGGCUGCACCCAACAAACUUCCCAAUAGAGAAGACCCGGGAGCAUUACCACGCCACGGCCCUUGGAGCAAAGAUCCUCACUCAGCUGGUGCUGGACCCCGACGACCCCAACAGAGCCACCCACCUGAUCGCGGCACGGGCGGGCACGGAGAAGGUGCGCCAGGCCCAGGAGUGCGGGCAGCUGCACGUGGUCAACCCCGACUGGCUGUGGAGCUGCCUGGAGCGGUGGGACAAGGUGGAGGAGCAGCUCUUCCCACUCCGGGACGACUGCAGCAGAGCGCAGAGGGAGGAAGGCCCGGCAGCCUUUCCCGACAGGCAGGGUGCACUUCCAACCGCCUUGUUCCAUCCGACGCCUGUCCACCCCAGAGCCCAGGCCGGCCCUGAAGUUCGGAUCUACGACGCCAAAACGGGCAAGCUCAUUCGGAAGGGCGCUGUGGGCCCCGGGCCCCCCAGCUCCCUGCCAGUCCACGUGGAGCACUCCUCCUUCAGAGUUGUUCAGCCACAUCAACAGCAGAUGUUUGGUGAAGAGUUGCCAGAUAAUCAAGAUGGAGAGCAGCCUGGUCCUUCUAGAAGAAAGCGACAGCCCAGCAUGUCAGAGACAAUGCCGCUGUACACACUGUGUAAGGAGGAUUUAGAGAGUAUGGACAAAGAGGUGGAUGACAUCCUAGGAGAAGGCAGCGAUGACAGCGACAGUGAGAAGAAGAAGCCAGAGGAGCAAGAGGAGGAGGAACAGGAGGGGGCACCUCAGCCCCAGGAGCCUGAGGCCCUGGGGGCCCACAUGGGGCCCACGCUCAAGUCAGCAUCAUCCAGCGAGAGGAGUGCAGCCGACGGCCGGGGGCCCAGGUCUGCCCCUAACCCAGCCAAACCUCUGGUGUGAAGAAGCCUCAUCAGCGCAGGCUGACGGGACCACCUUUGGGAGAAGCAGGUAGAAACACCAACUCCAUCUCCAGAGCCUUCUCAAGCGCAUGGCCGUGAGGAAGUCAUUGAGCUUCCAGUGUCUGUUUCCUCCUCUUGACACGAGCGUGACAGCGAUGCUGCCUCGAGGCGGGUGCGGGAGGGCACCCUGUGAACUGGUGCCAGCACAGACAGCACACGCUGGGGGUGCUCACCCUGUACCCUGAUUUCACCUGGGGGCUCUUUUCUUUACCCGCUGAGUCCAUUAACAGCCUGUGUAUUCUGACUCACAAGCCGUUCUGUAGGUGAAUAAACAACGUUUUUAAAAAGAGUAUAGCUUACUCAGACAGUCCAAUUUACAAAACAAGAUUGGGCCAGAAAUUGCAGCAACAAAUGGAGACAGAACAGACAGUCAUUGUUCCGUUUGUAGGAAUUACUCAGAGAAAAUAGAUUGAUGAGCAGCUGUGUAGUUUGGCAAGAAAGCAUGCACAGUCCCUUACCAGUUAUGAAGCAUGACUUUCCAGCUUUGAAAUGCUGGUAAAUUGCUUUAGGAGAGAACUUUAAAUCUGUGUUGUGUGAUGAGAAGCCUUACAUGGUCACUUUACUCCGUUGUGUCUUCCUCUCUGUGCAGGUCCUUUUGGGGUCUGGUGAUGCUCUGAGGAAGGGACAUGAGGAGUGAGGCCCUUCAAGGGGUCCAACCGCCCAUGCACUCUGAACCCCUGGGUUAAAGUGCUGGCUGGUGCCAGUAACAUAGAAGGUCUUCUCAUUGAUUUGUCGCGUGCUCUGGUUAUGAAUUUUUUUAUCUGACAGUGUUUUCUCUAUGAAGUGAAAGGAAAGAAACUCAAAGCGUUUUUCACUAAGACUCAGAAAGGUCUGGCCAGAGCCCACAGGGUCUGUCUCUCCUCGUGGGGCGUGGUGGAUGUGGGGCACCCAGUGGACUGAGACUGAGCGCACCGCAGAGCACGAGAGUUAACGUCUUCCUUUGUCUCUUUGUUUUUACUAAAUUAUCUGCCCACAAAUGAAACAAAUCAGGACAUCUCUGGAGAAGAACCUCGGCUUUGACAUGGUUUGGGUGCUGCCCUUCUGACCGGGCAGGUGGAGGCGGCGCCCUGUGGUUUUAGUCCCAAAUCGCAGGGUCAUCCUACACCUUUGUUUUCAGCUCUGCAUGGCGAAGGGGUCCAGCUUCCAGUUCAGAAGUUUUACCCAGUGUUUGGGGGAUGUUCUUGUGGCACCAGGAAGCUUUUAUGGGGUCGUACUGGGCUCUUGAAAUCCUCCAACAUGUGACAGUGGAGGUGGGGAGGAAGUUGGGGCCCCAGCAAGACCCAGGUGCCCGGCCGAGCGCUCGUGGCGAGCGUUGUAAGGGCCUCUCCUUGCUGGCUUCUUGUCAUCCCCACGUGGCACUGUUUCACCUCGUGUUUGUGGGUUUGACUUGGGUGAUUUUAGAAUUUGAGGUCAGAAGGAGGGAGCACCCUCAGUUUGCUCAGACUCCGUCAUUUACCUCCCGCAAAGCUUCCUUCCGCCUGUCACCAAGACCAGCAUGAUUCAUGGUGCUCGUUAGGCAGAGCCGCCGUCCCGUUCCUCCCUGCCCUUCUCUGCCUCGCUGUGUUGGCGUGCACGUGCCACCAGGCCGGAAGCUGUCGUGUUUCUGUGGGUGCCCUGUGGCUCAGACCCUCGAUCUGGGGUUGGAAGGAUGGGACACAGCAGAUGGUCAGUGGUCUCCCCUCAGCUCAGUGAGGUGAUUCAGGUUUGGGCAUCUCAUUCCUUUCUUUAGCAGAAAACUUGGAGAAUUUGGUUUCUGGUUAUAUUUUACUGUUGUUUACGGGUACUAGAACUAGAAGUGUGGAUUUUCUGAAAUUUUUCACAUAAUGGUAUUUUUAUUUAAAAUUAAGUAAAACGUGUUUUGGGUUUUUGGGUUUUGUUUUUGAUUUUGGCACGUAAACAUUUCAGUUUCAUAGUGAGUUUUUCCAUGUACAGUGACACGUUCCACACUGAAACACGGGUUUGGCUUCUCACGUGUCAGGUUGGCAGCGCAUCUUGCUGAUUCUGCAGGGCCAAGCUGUUCUACAGAAUCUUAAUGUCAGUUGAACUUGGAAGUGGUUCUCAAAGGAAGGAGUAAGAUGGUGUUUCUUACUUGUCUACCAAGAAUUGACUCAUUCUUUUUUCAAAUCAACAGCCAUCAAAUGCCCAAUUUACACACAGCAGCUCGCAGGGUUCCUUGUGGUAAAUCCCCAAGGUGAAAGUCAAGUGUAUAUUUGAAAAGCAUUUGCCCAAAGAAGCUAUCUCCAGAAUGUUUACAACGCCACACAAACACAUCACCAUCACCACCACUUGCGGGUCGUGAGAUGGGCAGCACGGAGACGGCAUCCCUGCGGUCUCGUGUUGGGUCCCUGUCCAGCGAGUGCUUGCUCUGGGCCUGGAUGUGGGCAUUUGACCCACAGGGGCUCCAGAGGAGACCUUGUAAUGUGACAUAAGACUCUUCCUUCACGUUCUUUCUAGAGUUAGUGGACAAGUGAGAACGACAGUAUUUCACUAACUGCCAAAAAUAUGGGACAGUAUAUCUGGUAGCUUUACAUUAGAGAAGAUCAGAAAGGGGGCAGGAGCCGUUUUCCACUCUCUGUUGUCAGUGAUAGCAGCCGGCUUUUUCUGCACCGAAGGCUCUGUUCUCUGAGUGCUGGGAAGUUGUCGUCUUGGCAGGCGACCCUCCCGUCUGGUACCAUGGUGAACCCGGAAGGCCAUGGCUCCAGUUUUAAAGCCUUCCUUCCUGUCAUCCCAGGCCCCCAGCACCUGGUCCCUCCGGCCCUCCCCCCUUCUCCCAGCAGGAGCUGGUUAGCGUGGGCUGCAGAGUCGUAGACAGCCAGGAGAUCUCUCCCCAGGGCCUGUGCUCCUCUUUUCCUUCUAGGAAGGUUCCCACUCUUACAGACAGGCAGACAGCACUAAAACGCUCAGAGGCACCCAUGCAUGAAAGUAGUUUUCACGUUGUGUGAUUAAUCCAGGCAAGAUUUUCUUUAAUACAUUGGGGAAAUUUGUCAUUUCUAAAAAUAGAGGCAACAUAAAGCUUUGUAAUGUUUAUUGCCAGAAAACAAACACGCGUAUGUCGCCAGGAUGGAAAUUUGUGGCACUCGUUUCUUCUGUAGUUCUCCGCCUUCACCCCAGUAGAUAGUUCACUGUUAAAACUGGAAAGGAGAAGGUUAAACAUCUUCCUUCUGCCCCAACAACUGGUGACUGUGGGACUCCAGGUGCUUAGCUCAGGAGCGUCAACUCCUCUUUUCAUUCCCAAGGAUACGUGUAUACUGUGCGUCCUGUGCACCUGGGUCGGUGCCUUGCUUCCUACUCUGCACUCGAGGAGCUGCCUCCUUCUUUCUCAUGGACAUGUGGUGUCUCGUCAUAUUUGUUUAUCA